UCCACUCAGUUUCUCGCAGUUUAAAAUGGCGGCGUUGAGCAGCGCCGAGUCCCCACCGCCCGUCUUUAACGGAGAAACCACGGAGCGGGAGCCGGGCAGGGAGCGGGGCCUGGAGGAGCUGGGCGCCGGGCUAGACCGCUCCUGCUCGUCGGAGAUCCCUGGAGGUCCGCAGGAUGAGGAGAUCUGGAACAUCAAACAGAUGAUAAAGCUGACACAAGAACAUUUAGAGGCUCUUCUGGACAAGUUUGGGGGAGAACACAAUCCUCCCUCCAUAUAUCUAGAGGCCUAUGAGGAGUACACCAGUAAACUAGACGCACUGCAACAGAGGGAACAGCAGCUGCUGGAGGCCAUGGGCAACGGUGCAGACUUCUCCUGUUCUCCUUCUCCUGUGCCAGCUCUUUUGGAGGUCAAGAUGGGAGGUUGUGGGAUAGGAGGUGGGGCUCAGACCUUUCCCUCUGCCCCCAACACCUUGGCUGUCCUGCAGACUCCCACCGACGCCAGCCGAGCCAACCCUCGCUCCCCUCAGAAGCCCAUUGUCAGGGUCUUCCUGCCUAACAAACAGAGAACCGUGGUCCCAGCUCGCUGUGGGAUGACUGUGAGAGACUCCCUGAAGAAAGCUCUGAUGAUGCGAGGACUCAUUCCGGAGUGCUGUGCAGUAUACAGGAUACAGGAUGGAGAGAAGAAGCCUAUUGGCUGGGACACGGAUAUCUCCUGGCUAACAGGAGAAGAGUUGCAUGUAGAGGUGCUGGAGAAUGUGCCGCUUACCACACACAACUUUGUGAGGAAGACGUUCUUCACACUGGCCUUCUGUGACUUCUGCAGGAAGCUGUUGUUCCAGGGUUUCCGCUGUCAGACCUGUGGCUACAAGUUCCACCAGCGCUGCAGCACUGAAGUUCCACUCAUGUGUGUCAACUACGACCAGCUAGACUUGUUGCUAGUGUCCAAGUUCUUUGAGCAUCACCCAUUCACCCAGGAGGAGGUCUCCUCAGAGGGAACCACACCUGUGUCUGAGGUCUGUCCGUCACUCCCUCCAUCUGACUCCACCGGGUCCAUAUGCCACACCACUGUGUCCCCAUCCAAGUCCAUACCCAUCCCGCCCAGUUUCCGUCCCAAUGAGGAGGAACACCGCAACCAGUUUGGCCAGAGGGAUCGUUCGUCCUCCGCCCCCAACGUCCAUAUCAACACCAUUGAACCUGUCAAUAUCGAUGACCUGAUUCGAGAUCAGGGCUUGCCGAGGUCAGAUGGAGCCCCCCCGACCCACCCCGCCCGCUGCUUGAGGAAGCACCGAACACGGACCUCAAGCCCCCUCCUAUACUCCUACCCCAAUGACAUAGUGUUUGAUUUUGAGCCCGAACCUGUUUUCCGAGGCUCCACCACAGGGCUGUCAGCCACACCUCCCGCCUCUCUGCCUGGCUCUCUGACCAGUGUCAAGGUCCCACAGAAGUCACCAUGCCAACAGAGGGAACGCAAGUCGUCCUCCUCAUCCGAGGACCGCAAUAAGAUGAAAACUCUGGGGAGAAGGGACUCCAGUGACGACUGGGAAAUCCCAGAGGGCCAGAUCACCCUGGGUCAGAGGAUAGGCUCUGGAUCCUUUGGAACUGUCUUCAAGGGCAAGUGGCAUGGUGAUGUGGCAGUGAAGAUGCUGAAUGUCACUGCUCCCACGCCGCAGCAGCUUCAGGCCUUCAAGAAUGAAGUUGGAGUCCUCAGGAAAACACGUCACGUAAACAUCCUGCUCUUCAUGGGCUACACCACCAAGCCUCAGCUGGCCAUUGUGACCCAGUGGUGUGAAGGCUCCAGUCUAUACCACCACCUGCACAUCAUUGAGACCAAGUUUGAGAUGAUCAAGUUGAUUGACAUCGCCCGGCAGACUGCUCAGGGCAUGGAUUACCUGCACGCCAAGUCCAUCAUCCACAGAGAUCUGAAAAGCAACAAUAUUUUCCUCCACGAGGAUCUGACGGUGAAGAUCGGUGACUUUGGUCUGGCCACAGUCAAGUCCCGCUGGAGUGGCUCCCACCAGUUUGAACAACUAUCUGGUUCUAUACUAUGGAUGGCUCCAGAGGUGAUCCGGCUGCAGGACAAGAAUCCCUACAGCUUCCAGUCAGACGUCUACGCCUUCGGCAUUGUGCUGUAUGAGCUCAUGUCAGGAGCCCUGCCCUACUCCAACAUCAACAACAGAGACCAGAUCAUAUUCAUGGUGGGUCGAGGAUACUUGUCUCCUGACCUCAGUAAGGUGCGCAGCAACUGUCCAAAGGCCAUGAAGAGACUGAUGGCUGACUGCCUGAAGAAGAAGAGAGAAGAGCGACCUCUCUUCCCUCAGAUCUUGGCAUCCAUUGAGCUGCUGGCUCGCUCAUUACCCAAAAUCCACCGCAGCGCCUCAGAGCCUUCAUUAAACCGAGCCGGCUUUCAGACAGAGGACUUCAGCUUGUAUGCCUGCGCCUCACCUAAAACCCCUAUUCAAGCUGGAGGUUACGGAGAGUUUUCAGCAUUUAAGUAAGCGCUGCGGAGCCCACCAAUCCAUCCCUCGUCACUUCUCAAAAGUCUUGUUUCCCUACGGUGGAUUCAUCCAUUACUGAAAACAAACUGAAAAAUUAGUCUUGAAGAAUGUGCUGUUUUCUUCCCCUGUCAUCCUGAAGACGGCGGCCUCACUGGAGUCCUUCCAACAACGAGCUAUCCAGGCUAACGGCCACAGCAACAGAGAAACUGAAUUAGGAACAAGUACAAAACAAACAAAAAAACUUGAUUUAAACUGAAAGGUAAAAAGAAAAGCUAAACAAAACAAAAACCAAAACAAGACUCAAAGAUAUCCACACCAAUACGGCUUUGAGGAGAGGGUCAAUUCCAUGGAUAGACUUCCCUGCUGGAAGGAAAAGAAGAAGACAAAGGAUAAAGGACCUGGAGGUGAAGGGAGGAGCCGAAGCUUUGAGUGCAUCUGGUCCUGUCAUUUUCUGUGUGGAUGAGGACGGAAGCUGGAAUAUUAGCAAGACGUUGAGCUGGACUUUGAGCGAUGGCAGAGCAGGGCCUGUGGAAGGACCGCAGGCCUCCCAUCCUUCAGCUGAUUGAAGGCCAGGCAUCGGCCAUCCCUGAGAUGAGCUGGAGGCCACUCACUGGGGGUUACCCAAUGGAAGAUGACUUGAAAGAUAGAUCUAUUUUUGUUUUUUCAUUUGUUCCUCGUGUUUCAGAUUUUAGCUAGCAGUUGCUGGGAAUGCUAAGCUUUUUGUCCUCUGCAUCUUUUUCAAGAGAUGGUAGACAUCUUAGAAGGAAGCUUUCCUCCCAGUCCGGCAGCACAGGCCUUUGCUUCUUUGGCCUUUUUUGGUUUACUGCGGACCCAAGUCUUCAAAAUACUGUAUUUUGCCCUCCUGUUUGCCACCAACAAAUUUGAAGCCUGUGAUUAAAGAGAAUAGAAACUCUUUAUCUACCAACACAAUUUUCUCUGCCUUUUCAAAAUAGUUCAAACUCUCAUGUCAAAGCAGGAGAAGCAGUUCUUUUUAGAGAUUUCUGUUGGAAAAGUCCACUUUUCUACCAACCACAGGAGCUGUUCUUUGGGAGAAGAAAAUGCUAAUUUAUUUGGUGAGGGAAUCUACAUCAGAGGGAUUUUUAAUUACGUCUGAGGAGCCUGUUCUUCACCUGUAGUGAGCUUUCACACUUCAUCUUUGAAAAGAUUUCACCUUUAUGCACAGCUGAAAGUGUGUACAGUACUUGUGGCUUCUCUGAGCUUCCAAGAUGUUACACAGCAUCUUUGCAAGAAGGCUUUUCCUUUGUUUCUCAUGCUUCUCCCAGAUUUUUUUGACACUAAGUGCAUGUUGUUUUACUUUUUUGGAUCAUAUUGCUUUCUUGUUGCACUCAGCUAAACGUGACGAUGGUUCUUGUUGCAGCUGCUGAUGAACGGGCUGCAGCAAGGGAUCUUCUGGAGAGUUCUGUCAGGAAAUGUUAUCUCAAUCACACCUUUUACUUUCUCUAUACACAUGCAUUUGUACUUUUUCAUUCCAGCGUGUGUUGAGGGUUGUAGGUUCUAUCACAACUUCUUUUUUUUUUGUUAUCGAUGUCAUUUGCCUUUUUCUGUACAGGCAGGCCUGCAGAUAUUUACUUAUUUAUGUGAAUAUAUUUUGUUAGUUUUAUGGAUUUUUUUUUCAGAAAUGCUUUAUUUGAAGCUGUUGGUCUUUCUUUUGACGCUUGUUAUUGUCUUUGUGACUCGUGUACUUGCACUUUGUAGAGAUGGAUUGAAGCAAAUGAGCGACUUGCCUUUCCUUUUUUUAUUGAAGAAUAAAUUGUGACGUACAGAGCAGGUGACUCAAAGUUCAGCUUCCAGUGAAAGGAGGGCUGGACGCAGUAUUUCACUGGGAAGACUCAGUUCUCGUCUGAGGACGGCCUGUGCUAAAGCGUCCAGCAGCCGAUGUGUCACCAUGCCUACAGUGGUGAGAGCUGAGCGAAUGAGAGUGCUGACCUGGUGUUUGCAGGUACAGCGUCCAUCCAGACACUGACAGACUUGUCCCUCACAUUCAUCAUUGUGAUCAUGUAUGCAUUUCCAUCAUGAACCCAGGCAACCCCAUCCACAGCAACUUGUUAUCUUGCACAUCUGUCCCGUCUUUGUACAGCUAGGACAGAGGCAUAACUGCAGUGUGUUAUGCUAGCUUGAUACAACCCUGACUAAGGAUGCUGAUGUACCACAGCCCUCAAUGGCCACUUCCUCUAAUGUAGACAGUCACUGAAAGGCUUCUGAAAUGCGCUACAAGAAACAUGUUGAAAAUACAAACUGGUUGGAAAUUUUACUAGCAGAUUAAAUGUUGGGAAAAAACACAUUGGAUAGGUGCAAACAUUGGUUUUCUAAAGAAAGGUGAGUGAGGAAGAACUUAGGGUCCAUCUUUAAAUGAACGUCAUUUACAGGUACUUUGUUUUUAGAUGUUUCCACCCUAAUAGCUAAGUUGAUUUUCUCACCUCCAGUGACAUUAUAUUGUCAAGAUUCUUCCCAUAGAAAAUUUCAGUAGCUGCCCAGUAAAUGAAAUGUUAGAACUGAUUUACUUUGCAACUCGGCAAGCCUCACUGAAAAAAAAAACACUCAUCCAAACAGCAGAGCAUUAGAUCUGAAGUGUCUCUGAACAGGAUGCACAAUCUAAACAUACUGGUGUAAUGUGUUUGUAAGACAACAGCCUAAAUAUUUCCCAAAGUCUGGAUAGUACAAAGAGUGAACUGAAGUAGGUGUGUGUGUAGACUGAUAUCUGCUGGGGUCAGUGAGGACCACUCAGACACAGGGUCCUACAGGUGCAGUUCACUUUGAUUUUGCAGCCUGCUGUAUGUUGCAUGGCUGCAAGGGUGGGGCAAAACUUUCAGGAUGCUUUGAGGUUUGUUACAGGCUGCCAUAUUAUACUCUUUGCUAACUCAGUAUAAAGACUGACUGUGAACACUACUGACUGACAAAUGAGAAUGUUGGGCUGUUGCUCAUCAGUCUGACAGGUUGGAAACAAACCUCCAGUUUUCUCAUACUCAUUUGGUAGAGCACCAAAGGGAACAGGAACAUUUGAAUCUAGGCUGAAAAAGUGGAGCAAUUAGCAGCUGAAGAGUAGCUGAACAUUUUCCUCACCAGACCUAGAAGAUGAGUGAAUAUUUAACUUGACAGUCGUCCAUUCAAAUGAAUGCCGAUGUUUCUAUGUUUUUAUUGGAUGCGCAAAAUACCAAGACCAUUUUAUUUCAGGUGGGUUUUUUUGUUUUUUUUUUCUUUGAGUUGGUUGUAAUUCUCCCGUCCUCAAGUGGUCAAAUAAGCAUUGUGGUUUAACCUGUAUUAACUGAUGGGUUUUUUGGCUGUUAUGUCAGUGAGCGUUUGCCAGUUUCCACAUCAGAAGUUACAGAGCAGCAUUAGCAUUCAUGUGGAGUCUUCAUGGACACAUUGUCAAUUUUAGCCACUUGAAGAAAUCAUUCGAUCACCUUAGCAGUAAUGUCUGCUAGUCUGAGUGAGUGUUGGCCAUGUUGCUGGGUCAUGUACUGCUGUGUUGUACUGUAACACAUCCAGUCCAUUAAUGUUGCACGUGAUUUCAGUGAAUGUCACCUGGCACUAAAGCAGCAGAUAGCAGACAGUCACUUCACUGUCUGGUUUCUGCAGCAGCUCUGUAGGCACAGUAUAGACCCCACUAUUCUUGUCUGUCCUUUGUUAUCAGUUGCCUCCCACAAACUGUUCCUGCUAGAGUUAGACAUAUGGAGAUAAUGUAGGUCUUUUUAUAAAUAUUACAUAUCGUCCUGCCACAAGGAAGGUUCCACAGCUGGCAUGUCAUUGACCUGUUCAGACAACUUGAGCUGUUUGGCUUAUGAAGGAGACGGAGUCACUAGAGGGAAAAUGCUUUUGACUGAAGACGAGAGCUGCAGUUUUUGGUCUGACUUUUGCCCCUUAAUUCUGAGAAUUUAGGUCAAAGUUGUGAUGUCACUUUCUGUUGUCGUAAAGGCACAAUAAGACAAGAAAUAUUGAAAGACUAAAUGAGGGAAUAGAUGAUUGCAUUUCCGUGGUAAAGGACUGGACCAUCAGUGAGUCCUGAGCUCACAAUUCUGGGAUUAAAGUAGUAUUGAAGUCUAAAUUUAGGCAUUCAAAUUUAAAUUGUAUCUCAGACUUGAGUUAAAUUCUAGCUUUCAUCAGUCCCUCUACCUGUGCUGUUCAUGUGCUCUAGCAUGCUGGGGACAGAAGGAGGUUCACUCAGAAGGGUUGUCAGUCAAACACAGUCACACAAUACUCACACAUAACAGUCAGCUCACCUACGUGACUGGAAAUGUUUUCUUAUUUCAUUUUCAUCUUUUCGUUCCAAAGGAUUUUGUGUCAGUUGUAAGACUUCUGUCUGCAGUCUGAUUUUCCGUUGACAAAGACUUUUUCCAGACAGUUCUAUGGUGUGUUUGAUCAUCAACUUCUGCUGCAUGCUGUUGGUUUCUUAUGUUAAGGUUUAUGUACUGGUCCCAGUGAAAUGUGGGUUGACUCUGACAGUUCAUUUUUCACCUUGGAAGAAGUGGCCCAAUUUGACUGUUCCAUGCAAUUGAAGUUAAAGAAUGAACUGUCCAGGUCAAGUUUUAAAGCCACACACACCAAGUCCCAGAGAUACUCAGGUCAUGACAAGUUUAAACAUCAAAACUACUUCCACCGAUGGAACCCAUGUGAUACAGUGAAGAGGAAGAAAGUAAGUGGACCUUGAGUUAAAAGGGUGAACUUCUGUUUUGCGAGUCAACGUCACAAGACAUAGGACAUGGCCUUCAUCCUCUUCUACAGGCAGCAGUGUCAUCCUUCACAGAGCUGUAUCUGCAGAUAGCAGGGGCAGGUUUCUGCUGUACUGGGAUCAGCUGUUUGCUCACAUGCUGGAACCCGAGGAAGCAAACAGUAAUAUCUUUCAGAGUGCUGUAUUUGAUUUCCUUUGCAAUCUUUAUUUCUAUGAGAAUAUUAUCACAGAUGUAUAUCUGCUGAAGCUUCAUAGAAUCUACAGGAGCAAACACUGGGCUCAUAACUGCCGCUCCGCUUUCCUCCAGCCACCUCUUACCACACACCCUCUGCUGCUCCUCCUCAUCCAACACUUUCCGUUCAGCCUUUAUCUACUUUCAUGUUCCUUUUUCUUCUUAAACGUGUCUCUCUCCUCUUUGCCUGCACCUUAAACCCAGCAAUUCCAUUCAACUGAGAACUUUCAUGUAAAACUUUAUGGAGAUUUGUUUUGAUUUGUUUUCACCUGUAAAUAGUUGUACAAAGGAAAUACUGUCAGUUUGCUAGGAGGCAUGGAGACUACAAAUGUAACAAAUUACAAAAUGUUCAAAGUACAGACAUUUUGAUAGGCAGACUUCUGAGAAAAACAAUUGAGUGUAAAAAUAUUUAAGGCUGUAUUAUAAGGAGAAAGAGCUUAAUGUAUUUGUUGUGAAUAUGAAAAACUGAUAUAUUAAAGAAGUGCAUGAAAACUA